AUUAAAUAUUCUUGCCAAUGGAACCGAAGACACACAAAUAUUUUAGCAUUCCGGCCAAGUACAGCGGCAGCUCAGUGGAAGAUUUGGAACUGAAUAUACAGAAGUACGGCGACAAUGUUGUGCGGAUGCAACUGCUAAAUCGUGUGCAUAAAAAACAAUGCAAGGGGCAGCUGAAACGAUUUUUAUUGCUAGCCGGCUUGGCGUUUAUUUACUAUGGCUUUGUUCUGACAGUGGGCGAGGGAUCUGCCAAAAUUCAGCAGACUCACAUAUUGUAUCCUGGCCUAUUAUGGCUAGCCUUGGCCUUUAAGAUACUGCGCACCACCCUCGAUUUGGUGCACUCCGAGAAGAUCUUUUACAGCUGGGAUAUGGCACUGCAAACUGAAACAGUUCGCACUUUUGGCCGUAAGUCUGUGUUCUGCGUGCAACGCGGCCAUCUCCAUGACAUUGUCCUCAAUGAAGUCAUCGAAAAUUUGGAUGUAAGGUAUAUGCUUAUACUACGCACUAAGGGAAGCAUGUUCAAAGAGCGUCCUAUAAUCCCGCUGUUCAAUAGUCUUUCGCCUUCUUUUGACUGCUUGAAGCAUAUUCAUUUAAUUUUACAUAACUAUUGGUUAAAUAAUAACUUAAACAAAUCGAAGCACGCCUAGAGCCAGGACUUGUUCAUCUCAUAGAGUUCCGCCAUCUAUUUUAUUGAAUUUUAAAUGGAAUAACUAAGCCAAAGACUUAAUAAAUGUUUGUUUUACCUGUA